AUGGCCACCACGCAGGCUAAAGACUCCGCCACGAAAGUAACGUUCAAGAUUACGCUCACUAGCGAUCCGACGUUACCUUUCAAAGUCUUAAGCGUGCCUGAAGCCGCUCCUUUUACGGCAGUUUUGAAGUUUGUUGCAGAAGAAUUCAAAGUUCCACCUGAAACCAGUGCGAUCAUCACGGACGACGGAGUAGGCAUCAAUCCUAAUCAGAACGCCGGUACGGUUUUCAUGAAACAUGGAAGCGAACUACGAAUAAUUCCUCGAGACAGAGUCGGGGCUUAUAUCAACGAAAUGUAUGAUUAUCGGUUUGACUAA